UUCCAGUUCUAUCUAUGCUCUAGAGGAAAGAACAUUAUAAACUACGGAGAUGUGAAAGAGGGGAAAUCUCCAUCACAUAAAUAUGUGGAUAUGCUGGGAAGUGAUCUAUUUUAUGCUGUUUUUCUGUGGAGAAUUCUGUUCUUCUGAAAAUCAAAAAUGGAUCUCACAUGUCGGACUUCAGGGAAGAUCAUUUAUGUUUCCCGUACAGAUCUCUCAAUUUGGCAAUGUGAAGAUUGAAGGAAGAGACAACAUUGCAAUUGUCUUUAAAAGCGAAUUUAGAAUUGAAGACCAACUUUUUACAAAUCAUAUGCGCUGGGACCAUGAGACUGGAUACUUCUCUCUUCAUAACUUAAGCACUGAUGACUCAGGCAAAUAUGUCAUAGAGGACACCGUGGACCAGAACAUGAGAAAAAACUACUAUUUUCAGCUAACUGUAUAUGAGGAAGUUUCCCAACCUCAGGUGUCACAGGAUGAUGAAAGCUCCUGUAUGUGGCGGUGCUCUGUGGAGAAUGGCAAAAAUAUGACUUUGGCCUGGUAUAAAGAUAAUGUGUGUUUGAACCAGACCGGUAACCCUGACAACAACAUCAGUCUCAGUCUUCCUCUUGAAAUUGAAGAUUCCUCCACUUAUAACUGUGUGGCUGCCAACCCUGCCAUUAAUCAGACAACACACCUAUCUCAUAGUGAUACACAACACUGUCUCAAAUCUACAGAUGCAGGACGAGAACACGGCAUAAUAAUGGUUUUGAGUGUUAUCGGUGUUAUAUUAGUUGGAGGAGUUUUUCUGUCUCUAAGGAAAAGGAGAAACGAAUACAUACAAGCUCAAUCUGCAAAUGAAGAACCACAAACUGAAGUUCAGUACUCUGAGAUAUUACACAGUGAUAUAAGGCUAAGACAGGGACACGGACCACACAUACCAGAACUGCCAGAACUGGAUACCGAAGGAGAAGAGCCACCAUUAACCUCCAUCUAUACCAAAAUUCAACCCCAUUCCCCAGAGGCCACUGGCACAGACAGUAAUGUGAUGGGGAGUGGAAGCACUGUCUUGGGUCGCCUCUGAAAGUAAUUUCACUGCUUUGUACUGUGCACUAUACAUAUGCCAUACCAUAGCCAACCACACAGGCUAAAUCAAAAAGUGCUGGACGAUAAGAGAUCAGUUCAAAUAGUUUUUUACCUUAAGGCAAGCUUUCCACACAAUCAAUUAUUUAAAGGGAAUUUUGUCCAAUGCCUAGUCAUAAUGAGGGCCCUGUUUUCACAGGACAUUAUUAUUUAGAAGCAGAGAAGAGAGCAAACUUCUGUGGCACAUAUUAUUUUGUAAAAGUCUCAUGUUUAUAUUUGACACAUCACAUUGCUAUACUCAGCACAAUUGCCAACUACCACAACAUCAAGAAUGUAUCUGGAAAAGUGGUCAUGACUCUACUGCUAUGAAUGAGAUAAACCACAAAUAUGGGUCUUACAUUUCAUUUGGAAGACACUUUGAGCUAAGGUGACUAUGUAUAAAGACAUCAGACAUUCGGUUUGGGUAAUGUUAAGAAGCUCAACUCAUCACCCAAGCCAUGCUAUCUGGCUUUAACAUUUAGUAGUGUAGUCAGUGGUAAUUCAGUCCAUGUGGAUUUCAGUUGGUCUCAUUUGUUUAUUCUAGCAGGAUGUGCCUUUCAGCUGUCAGUUAGACACACCUGCUCACAGGGGAAUUCCUGUUCCCUUUAUCCUUUCAGAAGUGUAACAUGAAUAUCUGUAUCCAUUCAAAACCAUUUAAAUAAAAGAGACUUCUCCGCUUUCA